AGUAGUUGCCAGUGUGUGCUGAGGCAGAUUGUGAUGGCGCCUUUUCCCGCCAAUGUGUUGCGGCCCAUUUUCAUGCUCUUGGCUACAUCUUUCUCUUUUCAUGGGGGUGACGCUUUUCAGCAGGAUCAUGGCGGCUACCGCCAGGCGGCCUCCAAAUAUGACGCUAAAGAGGCUCCGAUGGACCAGCGGCGGCCUCUCAACACUGUCAGUGUAACGUGCCACCCGGACUCCCUGGAGAUUCUGAUCCAAGCAGACCUGUUUGGAGUUGGGGCACCCGUCUAUAGCUUUGAGUUGCACCUCGGGGUUGAUCACGGUGAAGACUUCUGUCAGGCCGUCCCGUUCUCAGAGGGCCAGUACAGGAUUCUGGUCCGGCUUCUGGACUGUGGCACCAAAUACUGGAUGACUGAAGAUUCUCUGGUCUACACCAACCUGCUCAUCUACUCCCCUGCACCUUCUCCAGAUGGUCUGAUCCGAAUGGAUGAGGCCGUCAUUCCAAUAGAGUGUCAUUAUGAUAGGCGCUACAGUCUGUCCAGUUCAUCCUUGGCUCCCACAUGGAUCCCCUUCAUGUCUACACAAGCUGCAGUAGAAACACUCGACUUUAAACUCAGAGUUAUGACAAAUGAUUGGCUCUAUGAGAGGAGCUCUAACGUUUACUACGUGGGCCAGCCCAUCUCCAUGGAGGCGUCGGUGCGAGUGGGACAUCACAUGGGGCUUCGUGUGUUCCUGAGCAGCUGCGUGGCCACACUGCAGCCCGACAUCCACUCGGUGCCCCGUUACGUCUUCAUUGAACAUGGGUGCCUGCUGGAUUCCAAACUUCCAGGAUCCAAGUCUCAUUUCUUGGUCAGGACCCAAGAUGACAAGCUCCAGUUGGUCAUUGAUGCUUUCAGGUUCCACAAUGAGGACAGAGGAGAGCUGUACAUCACAUGCCACAUGAACGCAGUACCGGUCAACGAUGCCGAGGUUCCCAACAAAGCAUGCACCUUUGUCAACGGGAGGUGGCGGUCAGCUGAUGGAAACGACUACUUGUGUGGGUACUGUCAAAGCCAAAGUGAAGUUGGCCAAGCCCCCAGGAAGCCCGCCAAGUUUGGGCCUCGUGGCUUCAGCAAGCUGGAUGUCUCUGAACCACAGUGGAGGAGCAGACUUCCUGCUGACGUUUGGGAAGAGGAGCAGAGAGUGGGUCCUGUGUUGGUUCUGCCAUCCAAGAAGAGUUGGACUCUUUCUGAGGAAGAGCUGCCUCCAGUCCUGGAGAAGAUCAGCAGGCCUGCUCUGUAUGGCAGCCAGUGGAAGAGCGGCCUCAGCUACAGGAAGGACCUGAAGAAGGGACUACUUCCUGGUCUGUUCACAUCAAACCAGGAUGAAGACCUGACUUUUGACGACGAUGAAGACAUCCCACUUGAAGAAUUCCCAAGCGAGCUAAAAGAUGACAAGGAUGAAAGUGGACCUGUUGAACCAACGUUGAUUCCAGAGGUUGGACAGGAAGACAACUCUACACUUGGCACUGACCAUUGGCCUGUCGCUCAGUCAGAGGAUGUGACUAUACUGUCUAAUUCAACUGAUGCGCCGUCUGUCAUCAAUGACCCCAAGAAAUAAACCUUUGGAAUGUGCUUUCA